AUGCCGUAUCCCGCUCAGUGGCCCUAUCGGGACAAGGAUUUCUUCCGCCUGGACCAAGGCGACGACGCGGAGUUCUACAAGGAGCCGCGUCUGGUGAAGCACCUGGAGGACAAGACGCUGCAGAGCCUCACCGCCUUCUACGCCCAGGUCUUCCCCACGACGCCCUUCCGCGCGCUGGACCUCUGCUCCUCCUGGGUGUCCCACUACCCCUCGCCCGCGCCGGAGCGGCUGGCGGCCACCGGGAUGAACGCGGAGGAGCUGCAGCGCAACGCCCAGGCCACGGAUUGGACGGUGCAGGACCUGAACGCGGAGCCGAAGUUGCCCUACAAGGACCAGGAAUUUGACGUUGUGACCAACACCGUGUCGGUGGAUUACCUCACGAAGCCCCUGGAGGUCUUCCGCGAGGUGUAUCGCGUCUUGCGCCCGGGUGGUCUGGCGAUUGUGGCCUUCUCCAACCGCUGCUUCCUCUCGAAGCUGGUGUCCAUUUGGAGCGUGGGGGACCUGGACGACCGCGUGGAGGUCGCGGCCAACUACUUCCACUUCGCCGGGUUCCAGGACGCGGAGGUUGUGGACCUCUCCCGUCCAGACACCGACCCCUUGGUGGUGGUCUGCGCGCGCCGGUGA